GGUUUUGUUGUGCUUGCUGAUUCCCAUAGAAGGCAAACUGGAUAUGCCGAUAUUACUGAAUACUUACAUUACAAUUAUGAAAAAUUUCCGAGAGAUUUGUCCGCCUCCAGCUCCGUUGACCUUUACAGAAUCAUUUGUCUCUCAUUGUCUUAAAAAAAAUAUAAACUAAGCACAUAUGGUAACUUGAAAUCAUCUCUAGGUUCCACAAUUUUAGAUUGGACUGCAAAAACCUAGCAACGGCUUCUAUCUACAUUUUUAUUUUAUUUUUGUGGAUUUUACUUUUAGUACAUUCUUGUUGAUUGAUUGUGAGUAUUGGUUGAUUGUCAUAACUUUGUAAUCUUUCACUACUUUGUAUUAAACAGAGCCACUCAAUUCUUAAGAAAGCGAUUCAAUGAAAAUUCACGAGACCUGACUUUGACUUUUGUGUAAGAAUGAAAAACUAUAUAAUUCACAUAAACUAAUUAGUACUGCUUUAAUAAUAGUUUAAUAGCACGUAGUACAUUCUAGGAUUAGAUCAUCUGGCCAUUGAAUUCUUCUUAUUGAUCAAUUAUCUUCGUUGACUUUCUCCCUAAAGUCUCUUCUUUCUUAUCAUGAACAUAAUUCCCUAAAGAUUAUGAUGUUCUUGUUGUGUUUGCAGCUGUUGUUCUUCCCCAAGAACGUAGUAUCAGACCCAAAUGGUGGACAGUUCAACUUCAACGGCUUCCUAUACGCUGCAGGAUCAGCCCAUCUAAAAAGCAAUGGCCUCUUCAGGCUUACCAACACUACCGCACAAACAGCUGGUCAAGUCUUCUACAACUACCCACUGAGGUUCAAGGAUUCUCCAAACGGUACCGUCUUCUCCUUCUCCACCACUUUCAUCUUUGCCAUAGCUUCACAUUAUGGAGCUGACAAUGGCCAUGGACUAGCCUUUGUCCUUUCUCCCAUUAGAGGUUUAUCAAACGUUGAUCCCACACAGUAUCUAGGACUCUUCAACUCAACCAACAUGGGAGAUCCAUCAAAUCACAUAGUAGCUGUUGAGCUUGACACGGUCCAAACCGCUGAGUUUAAUGACAUUGAUUCUAACCAUGUUGGUAUUGACAUAAACAGCGUGAUCUCAGAGGUAGCUUCUUCAGCAGGCUAUUUCAAUGAUGAUGGUACGUUCGUGAAUCUCUUCCUCUCCAGUGGAGACCCUAUGCAGGUUUGGAUUGAGUAUGACAGCAAACAGAAGCAGCUUAACGUCACACUUCAUCCUCUUGAUGUCUCUAAGCCAAAGCUCCCACUCCUUUCUCUGGAGAAAGAUCUUUCUCCUUAUUUACUUGAGUGUAUGUACGUUGGAUUCUCUUCAUCCACUGGUAUAAGAACUGCUUCUCAUUAUAUAUUGGGGUGGACAUUCAAGAUGAAUGGAACAGCUCCAGAUAUAGACACCACUCACCUUCCAGAGGUUCCUCGUUUUGAUCAGCCAAGGGACCAGAGUGUAAAGGGGGUUAUGGCUAUUACUUUGAGCUUAUCAGGCAUCACUAUGCUCAUAGUCUUGGUUCUUGGCUUAUGGCUUUUCUUGAAGAGGAAGAAGCUAUUAGAAGUUAUUGAGGACUGGGAAGUACAGUUUGGUCCUCAUAGGUUUGCUUAUAAAGAUCUACACACUGCCACAAAGGGUUUUAAGGACACUGAGCUUCUCGGUAAAGGCGGGUUUGGGAAAGUCUUCAAGGGCACAUUACCAGUUUCCAACAUAGAGAUUGCAGUGAAGAUGGUUUCUCAUGAUUCAAGACAGGGAAUGAGAGAGUUCAUUGCUGAGAUUGCAACCAUUGGCCGGCUAAGACACUCUAACUUAGUUAGGCUUCUUGGAUACUGUAGACGCAAAGGUGAACUCUACUUGGUGUAUGAUUGUAUGCCCAAAGGAAGCCUUGAUAAGUUUUUAUACCACCAGCAGAAUGGGAAUCUUGAUUGGUCAGAGAGGUUCAAGAUCAUUAAAGAUGUAGCUUCUGGACUAUGCUAUUUGCAUCAACAAUGGAUGCAGGUGAUUAUCCACAGGGAUAUUAAACCAGCCAACAUCCUUCUUGAUGGGAAUAUGAAUGCAAAACUUGGUGACUUUGGUCUAGCUAAGCUUUGUGAUCAUGGGAUUGAUCCGCAGACAUCUUAUGUGGCAGGUACGUUAGGGUAUAUCUCACCUGAGCUUUCAAGAACUGGAAAGGCAAGUACAAGCUCAGAUGUAUUCGCAUUUGGAGUGGUGAUGCUAGAGAUUGCCUGCGGACGAAAACCGGUGUUGCCACGAGCAUCGGAAAGCGAGAUGGUGCUGACUGAUUGGGUGCUAGAGUGUUGGGAGAAUGGAGAUAUAAUGCAGGUUGUUGAUCAAAGGAUUGGGCAGGAGUACAUUGAGGAGCAAGUGGUACUUGUUCUCAAACUAGGCUUGCUAUGUUCACAUCCAGUAGCAGCCAUCAGACCGAACAUGUCCAGCGUCAUUCAGUUCCUGGACAGUGUAGCUCAACUUCCUCAUAACUUGCUUGAACUUAUGUCAGCUCAAGAAAUCAAUAGAGGUGCUCAAGUCUCAGGUGAAGCAGCUGAUUCUCCUGAGUCUAGUUCGGUCGCUUCCUUGACCUUCACUGAAUCCUUUGUCUCCCAUGGACGGUAAAAGAUACAAACAAGAAAUUGUGCUGUCCUUUAUUGAACGGGGGCACGUGCCCCCGACUACUUUAUAAAAUUUAUUCAACAAUCAAGGGAACAAUUCGCUUUUGUAGACUAGUUGGUAAAGAAGCCCCACCAAUGACCUAUUCUUCCAAGGUUCGAUACCACUCAUCUUAUUAAUUAUUUUUUUGUUUUCUCCACUUUGUUGUACAGUUAAUUUGCUGUUUGACACGUUUACAGUCUACUUUUACUGUAUCUUUCUUUACAAGUUAUAACUUAUAUGCAGCAUUUUUCCUUCUUCUUCCUUUUGUUUAUUUGUUUUCCAUAGUUUGUAUAUUAUAUUAUAUUCAUCUUUAGAUUUCAAGUUUGGCGGCACAUUUUAAGUAUUUAUAAUAACAAACAUUCACAACUGCUAGUAAAUAAAUAAAACCAAUUAAUAUUAAAUAAUAAAUUUUCUAUUCAUUUUUUAUUUCAUAUUUUAGAGUUUAUUUUAUAUAAAUAUGAUGAUAAAACAGUUUAUUUACAAUUUUGACAUAUUGUUAUAUAUAUAUAAACUUCAAGAUUAAUUUUCUAUACAUUUUCAAAUUAUUUUUGUGUAACAGAAUUAUUGUGAUUAAUAACAUUUGUGAAGAAGUGUAAGAAUUCUUAAAGUUAUUUUAUAAAAAAGUUCAUGUGUUCAAAAAGUUAGUGUAAAUUACUUUCACAGAUUAUAGUUAGCUUACAAUAUUUUUAACAUAUGAUUAUUUAAUUAUACUAUAUAUAAAAAUAAUUUAAAAUAUAUUUAUUAAUGAGUAAAAGACUAGGAUAUCACUAAACCAAAUUUUUGUUCCCAAAGUAGCACUCAAGGUUCAAAGUCACAAAAAUAGGUUUCAUUAAAGAGGUAAAUAUACACUUAUACCCCUUGGGUUAAUUAAUCCAAACCUUAGGAUUUAGAGUUAAAGGGUGGGGUUUUGGAAUUAAGGUUUAAAAUUUUAUAAAAAAUAAAAAAUAA